CACUACACAAUCACAAUCAGCUGUGAUGAGCAAUUAUCGUUUGCAGAUGCUGUUGGAAACUUGACAUCCACUCCUGCAUGAGUCCACCAAUGGAGUAUUGACAGCAUGCCCAGGAGAUCGUAUCUCUAUCACAUGCACUCAUAAUGUUACUGCUGGCACUGGUCUUACUCAUUGGGAGCUUCCUGGUGUUUCACUUUGUCUUGUUGUUCAUGAUGGAUCUGCUGCUCCUAACUGUGCUCCAUUCACGAUCACAAUGAUCAGUGACAACUCUGGUCUUACAGUGAGCUCUACGGUUGAGAUGACAGUUACUGACAGGGCACUGGAUGGUGAAAAGGUUGAGUGUAGAGCUGGUGCAAGUGUUACUAAUUCUCUUUUAGUUGGAUCUGUUAAUAUCAGUGUUCUCACUAUUCCCACUCCAAGCAUCACCCUGGUGGAGCAAACGUCUCAGUACAUGGCAAAUGUGAGCUUGUUGGUGAACAACACUCAGUGUGCUGCUACCUAUGUGGUCAAUGCUACUCAAGAUGAUAACAGUGGGUCAGUGAGUGGUGGGUCAAGCUCUACCACACUUGUGAUAGUCAAUGGUCUGGAUUUGUGUUGCUAUAACUAUAGCUUUGUAGGGUACGUCAUCACGGCUGGUGGAAGUGUGGGAGAUAUGAGUGCACCAUGCACCUUUCAGCUUCACGGCAAACCUCUCAGGACUAAAUGGCGGUGCUAACGUGAUUACCAACUCAGAGAGGACAGUUUUGCAAUGGGAUCAAAUGCCUAACACUGGAUAUCCUGAUUGCAUCACAAGCUACUCUAUUGGUUGGAACGGAACGACUUAUAACACAUCUGAUACAGCUAUCUCUGUGACUAGAGAACUACUGAGUGCCUCAGGGUUUCCUUUCUGUACGACCAUCCAUCACUGUGACACCAGUGACUCCAAUGGGACUGUUAGCUGGGAGAGACUCUAUAUACUGCAGAUGUCAGCUUAAUCUCACCAGAUUUCGUGACACCUAAUAUUUCUGGUUUAUACCUUUUGAAUAACAUCAGCAGCAUGAUCGUGGAAAUUAAUGGGACAAACGUAAAACUAUCAACAUCACGAUCAAAAGAUUCUCUGGGAUGGUUCAAGGAAUAUCUCAGAUUGUUAACCCCAUGCACUCAUAUGAUUGGGUACAGCCGGGCCGGCAUGGCUUGUACACCUAACACAGUGUUCACUGAUGACUCAUUUGAAGUCACUCUUCCUGUCGAUGCUGAGUUUGGAGAAUCAUUUACAAUGUGCGUUCAACUGACCUUUGGGGACUGUAUGGAAAUGGCAUCGAGAGAUUUCACAAUUCCCAGUCAAAACAUCACUACACAGAAUGGAGGAAUAGUGUCGGGUACUAGCUUCACUGCCACCACAAACCUACCAUUAACUGAGUAUCAACCAGACCAGCUACAAAUCAUCACUUCUCUUACCCCCAAUGACACUGCACCAGUUGUAGCCGACUUCCCUGCUAGCUACCAGUACACUGUGAUGAUCUCGGGUCUCAUGCCUGGUACAAGUUACACCUACACAGUUCGUGUUGUGCGUCGCAAUGACAUGACAGAUGUAGUGGACACUUUUGUGGCUGAUUUCUUAAUUGCAGCUCUCCCAACAACAAUGGCCCCAACUCAACCUCCAACGACGUCUCCCAUCAGUGAGCAAACAACCUCAUCACCAGGGACGCCUUCAGCACAGGGAUGUACCGGAGGUUGCAUUUCUGGAAUCAUCGUUGGUUUUCUGUUUGUUCUAAUAGUUUUGGUCAUCAUUGUCAUUGUUAUGUGCUACUGCAGCAAGACGAGGAGAGAAAUGAAGGUGUUAUGGCAUCAAAUGGAACUACAAAGUACUAAAGUAAAACUGAAUACCAACGAUGAGGAGAUGGAUCCCAUGACCAACAGACCUGAAUCCACUCCCACUUCUGGGACUAUCGAGUUGGGUCCAGUAUACGAAGAUCCUGAUGCCUUUAAAGUAGACCCCCACACUCAAGACAAUCUUGCCUAUGGUCAUGUUCAACAGUCAGCUCAAUUGAAGGGACCGAUAUACGAGGACAUUAAACCAGACCCCCACACCCAGGGGAACCUCGCUUAUGGACAUGUGCAAUUGAAUUAAUUUAAAACAGUGAGUCUCAUUAUUGUCCAUUAUUGUCAUUUACUUCAGAUGAUUUUUAUCACACAUUUUUUAGCAGUCUGUACAAUUCAUGCAUUCUCACUUAAAGUUUGGUGCUUGAAUGAAGAGCUCAAUGUCACCAUAAUU